GGAAGUCUAAAUGAUUUUGUCACACCAUUAAUCAAUUUUUGUUCUCUCUAAAAAUGGAAUGCAUGGGUGAUGAACACGUCAACAAUAAAAAGACGACAAAGCCAUCCGGGCGGCACUCCGUCUACCGCGGCGUCCGGUGCCGGAGCAGAAAAUGGGUGUCGGAGAUUCGGGAGCCGGGGAAACCCACGCGGAUAUGGCUGGGGACGUACGCCACCGCGGAGAUGGCCGCGGUCGCCUACGAUGUGGCAGCGCUGGCGCUCAAAGGCCCCGAAGCUGUCAUAAACUUCCCGGCCUUCGCUGCGUCGUGCUCUCCACCGGCUUCUCUCUCCGCAGCCGACAUACGCACGGCGGUGUCCAAUGCUGCGGCCGCUGUAGCUCCGUCGGACAUACAGCUGCCUGAGCAAGAGGAGUCUUCUUCAUCGUGCUCUGAAUUUAUUGAUGAGGAAGCGCUGUUCAACAUGCCCAAACUGCUGGUGGACAUGGCGGAGGGCAUGCUGAUUAGCCCCCCGCGGCCGAAAAAUGACGGCGGUGGCUCGCCGGAGAAUUACUCGGUGGAAGAAAGGCUUUGGAGUUAUCCUUCUUUCUGAAUCGGAGUAAUAAUAAUAUAGCAUGUCUUCGUGUACACUAAACAAUAUGUCUUCAUCC